AUGAUCGCCCAGCCACCUUCAACUAGCGCUUUCGCCCGAAGAGUCGUGAACCCACUUGGCUUUACCAAAGUCUACAACUUUUGGUUGUACAUAAUCUUCGGUGGAGCACUUACUGACUUCGUCCUAGCACGUUUUUCCUACCUUAACUUUUCGCACAACUUCUGCCCGGCCGAUGGACCGAGCGAGAGUGGAAACAGCGCAGCCCCAGGAGAAUGCUAUUACUACCUCAACUUCACACAAUACAAGGUCGGCAUCUUGCUUCAUCUGGGAGGUAUUCUUCCCGCUAGUUUGAUUGCUGUUGCACAGUUUACACCAUUUAUUCGUCACCGCUGGAUAAUCGUACAUCGCAUUGGCGGAUAUGCUGCACUUCUCCUGUUCCUGGUCAGCCUUGCAGGAGCGUUCAUGAUAAUGCGACACGCGUUCGGCGGCGGCCUAGAAGUGCAGAGCGCUCUCGGCGUUCUAGGCCUAAGUACGCUGGCCUGCUUCAUUAUCAGCUAUAUCAACGUAAAGCUAACUGCAAAGCAAGGAUACUACGUCGUCUGGACAUGCGCAAGGAUCGCCGCAACCAUCACCCCUGACAUUGAUCUUGCGAAUUCGUAUCCAGCAUGUGCUGCUUACGUUGAUGGUACGGAUCCCGAUGCAGUAUCAGCCGUGGCAGCGACCUUUGGGGUAGGAGACGCAGCGAAUAUGGGCGCAGCAUUUAAUGCAGAAUUUGGCAUGGCACUAUGGCUCUCUCUUGAGCUGCAUGCUAUUGGUGUUGAGGUUUAUCUACACCUUACGCCGAGAGAGGCCCAAAGGUUGAGACAAGUAAGCUAUCAAAAACAACUCGAGUCCGGCAUGCGUAACCCGGGUUCGGCGGGUCUCACAGCAGAUCGGUUGGGUGAUGCACACAGGUGGUCGCCUGACGUGCCAGAAGAACAACACAGUACAAGCUCGGCAGAAGUUGUAACCAUGGUAUCUGAUUCAGUGCUAGACAGAAAAUGA